AUGUCUGAAGAAACAUUCUAUCGGAAUAUUGAUAAUUGGAUCCGAAUGCCUGAUUUGCAACAAAAACAACAGGAACUGGAGAAUAAAUUAUUCACAUUGGAAACUUUGUUAGAUUAUGAAAUCAAAGGAGACGAGAAAACUCUCUAUUUACAAAAGAGUAAUGUAUUCUUUCUGCAGAAAGCUUCCGAUGUGAUCCAAGAAAAGAAGCAAGAAAAAGAGAAUGUUGAAAAGGAAGUUGAAACCAUCAACUCGGAACUAGAUUCUCUCACCUCUUCUUUCCACAGCUUUAAACAAAACGUUACCAAAAAGAUAUAA